AUGUCAUCAUAUAAGACAUCAGUAUCGACCAAUAAGGUCGCCGCUGCCGCCGCCAAGACCUUGGAUGGAAGACUGCUAUGCGCUUCUUCCUUGGCCUAUGGAAUCCGAGAGCCAUACCUUUCGGGUGCUGGAUUUCUUUCACCGCCGUUACAAAUCACCAAAGGUGUCAAUUCGUGUUUGAUUGGACGCACCCGAGAUGGCAUUGUCAUUGCCUUUCGCGCGGGAGGAUUCCACAGGGACGCUCUCUACAACAACAACAACAAGGGCUUGGCUCGGGAAGUUCGCAAGGCUCUACAAGAAGUUUUGUCAACUUGCGACACGAAAUCGAAAUACAAAUCGACGAGGAGGUGCAAACUAUAUUUGACAGGGCACAGCAAAGGAGGAUGCUUGGCAAGUCUCUUCGCGCUCGAGCUCUUGCAAAGUCCCGACUUGCCAAAUCCUGAAUAUGUAUGCACCUUUGGAGCCCCUCGGGUGGGCGACGCCGAGUUUGGCUCGUACUAUCAAGAACACGUCCUACAAACGGCCUAUGAGAAUCAUUUGGACAUGAUCCCAUUUUUCCCACCAUCGUCCAGGGAUUCUCCCAAGAUGACUUCCCUCAUGGAGGAUCUGCAAAAAGAUGAGUGUCAAACAUCCAAGUCUUGUAGCACGACGGGGCAUACGACGAAAACGUGGGAGUAUGCUCCGAUUGGAACGAGAAAGUUCAUCUCCCGUCAAGGAGAGAUUGUCCACCAUGUGAGCCGGCAAUUGGACAAUCAGCGAAUUCGGGAAAUUGAAGGCAAGACCAUUUUAAGACUGGGUGAAUUCCGCCAGGCACAUUGUUCCUCGUGCCCUGAUACAUCCGGUGGCUGCUCGGGCGGUUACUUCAAGGCCAUUGCUCCAGAAAUCUGCGCAUCUGCAUAUGUGUAG